AAGUGCAGAAGGGGGCGCGAUGCAGCCUCCUCAGUUCCGCGCCCGACACGGGGGCGGCAGCCCGCCACCACAGCUCUUGUUUCCCCUCAGUUCGCUUUUUGUGGGUUUUUUUUAAAUUUUGUUUUGUUUUGCUUUUUUAAAACAAAACAAAUAUUGAUUUGUUCACGACGACGAUAGCCCGACGCGGCGGAGGACUUUGAGCGGAGAUUUAGUGUUGUGGCUCUCGCUACGUUUGGACGAGUUUUGGUUUAUGUUGUCGUCGUCGUCGUUGUCGGAAGACGGCGGCGGCGUUCGCCUGAGGCCUGGAGUGAGCUGCUCCCCUCCCAGAGGCCUGCCCUUACCUUGAUUCUGCACAGGGCUCUGUUGUGAUUUGCUGAGGCGUCCGCUCAAGCAACGUAUCCGGAGAACCAAAGUCUUCUGGGUCCAACUGUCAGAGACUGAUGGGCAUCCUGUGUGAAGGUGGACAUCGGCAUUCGUGUGCGCCGAAGUGAAUGUGGAAUAUCCGUUCAAGGUGUACCACUGGUUGAAAGCUGUCCAACUUCUGGCUCGGUGACGCUGUCGUCAGCCACGUCUCUGAGCCAUACAGUGAAAACAAAGACAUCAAGGAGCAUUCUUAGCCUCUCCCAAGAUGAUGAACAGACUGCGCCAGAGUUUUCGGAGAAAGAAGGAAAAAGGUGUUCCAGAAUCCAGCCGGCCCCACCAGUGGCAGACUGACGAGGAGGCAGUGCGCCAUGGUCAAUGCAGUUUCCCAGUCAAGUACCUUGGAGCAGUGGAGGUGGAUGAAUCAAGGGGAAUGCACGUGUGCGAGGAUGCCGUCAAGAGGCUUAAAUCUGUCGGGAGAACAAAGGUGCGAGCAGUAUUGUGGGUUUCUGCAGACGCUCUCCGAGUCGUGGCUGAUCUGACAAAGGAUUUGAUUGUGGACCAGACGAUCGAGAAGGUGUCCUUCUGCGCUCCGGACAGGAACUACGAGCGAGCCUUCUCCUAUAUCUGCCGCGACGGCACUACACGUCGUUGGCUUUGCCACUCUUUCAUGGCCGUCAAGGACUCUGGCGAGCGCUUGAGCCACGCCGUGGGCUGCGCCUUCGCCGCGUGCCUGGAGCGCAAGCAGAAACGCGAGAAGGAGUGCGGCGUGACGGCCACAUUCGACGCCAGCCGGACCUCGUUCACCCGUGAGGGCUCUUUCCGCGUCAUGACCGCCACGGAGCAGGCCGAGCGGCAGGAGGCCUUGCGGCAGAUCGAGGAGCAGAAGCGUGCAGCCGGUGUCGCUAAUGGGCACGAAAACGGUGGUACGGGGGAUGCAGUGGUGGUGGCGGCGGUGGCGUCAUCAGCCCCGAUUGAAGUUGUUAAUCAGGUGGUCUCCAGCGGUCCGUCGGAUGGGGGCAGCGUCCUCGCCAUCCCGCGCCGGCAUGCCCCCAUCGACGAACUCGUGCGGCAGGGUUCCUUCCGUGGCUUCCCUGCGCUGCUGCAAAAGAGUUCGCCCUUCAAGCGCAACCUCUCGCUCCGCCUCAACGACCUGCCCUCCACGCUGCAGCGCAAGACCGACUUUCAGCUCCUCAACAAGGUGCCGGAGGUGGAAUCGCCAAACAGCCCCGAACCGCCCAGCGCAGACGGUAUUCACGCCCUUUGCUCCCAGAUAACGAGCAGCUUCCCUCCCGCUGAGGAUCCAUUCUGCGCCGUUCCCAUGUCCCGGCCAAACGUUCCUGGUGUGGCCACCCUGCCUUUAGCUAACACCGUGCCUUCCGCGUUUCCUGUAACCAACUCUAAACCCCCCGUUUCCCCGCACUCGACCGUUGCACCCGUGCGCGACGUCAAUCCUUGGAGUCACGCCUCCUCUGUCACUGUCGGUACAGCAGGUACAAGCACCACUGUGGGACCGGCCUUCAACCCCGGACACCGGAGAACGCAGUCUGAAGCAGAGCGGUGGCUCGAUGAGGUCGCCAAGUCCACGCAAAACCAGAAGCAACCACAUGGGCAGGUGCUGCCCCCCGGGGUCACGCCACCCCAUGGCCUGUCCCCUACGCAAAUGCAGCCUGUUGGGUCAUUGCCAGGUGGGGUACCCUCUGCUGCGUUUGCCAUGCAACAUCAUCAUCAUCAUUACCAGCCAGUGGCGGUGGCAGCAGCAGCAACCUCUUUCCCAGGCCACUUUACGGUGAACGGUGGUGGCCAGCAGCAGUACAGCACAGGGCCGACACCCAGUAUGACGCCCUCGCAGAUGGUGGUCAGCGCGUUCACGGUCGCAAGUAAUCCCGGGGCGGCAGCAGCAGCGGUGGGACAGCCCACACAAUCUCUGUCUCAAUUCAACAGCAACCUCAACAAUUCAACGCAGGCUGCUAAGCCCAGUUUGCCUGCCGGUGGCUUCGGUGGGAAUGCUGCGUCCGCCUUUACAAAUGGCAAUGGGGUUUCGGCAGGCGAAGACCAGUUUGAGGCGCAGUGGGUUGCGCUGGAGACCAGGCAUAAACAGCAGCAGCACAAUCCCACUCAGCAGCAGCAGCAGCCGCAACGCUUUACCCCGUCUCCGACAAACCCUUUCAGCAGCGAGGUUCAGAAGACUUUCGAGAUUCGCAUCUGAUUAUACCGUUUCCUUACCCUUGGCACUCAUGUCCAUGCUGCAUCAAUUUUUAGUUCCAAUUUUCUUAAUUUGCUUAAAGCUUCUCUUUUAAAAGAAUAACAGCGGCUUGGGAUUUGUAGGUUCUUUAACAGUUAAGAACAUUAAGGCAGUAGAGAGAUGAUAGAAUGGCACAAAACCUCUGGUAUUAUCAAACAACAAUUACAAUUGUCUUAAACCGAAAAAACCAACACACACAAACCCAUAUCUUAAAUGAUGACAUAGCACAGUUUUAUUUUCUUCGUGCCUCUUGGAAAUGCCAUUGUAGCUUUUGACAGAAAGUGCUGUUUGUUUUAUAACUGUAAAAAUAAAUGUUUCAAAAUGGUGCAGCGUUAAAGAAAUGUUAGGAUGCCCAGUGACCGUUUGGGGUCGGGUGAGUUAUCAGCCAUGGUUACUUAUUCACAAGUGUGUGUAGUCACUAGAUAUCUUUUUUACAGUUCACGGACAUUGAUCAAUGUAUGAUAGCAAAGCCUGUACUCGCGCAGGGUAAUGCCUGCAAUUAUUGCAGUGCAAAUGAUACAUUCGAGUCUUCUCAUAUUUUUCUUAUUAUUUUAGAAUUUUUAAUUGUCUGCGUAGAAGCAAUGAAUGAGUUAUCUGUAAAAUGUAAACAAAUUUACCAAUUUAUACACCAAACUAUACCAUUUGUCAAAAAAAUGCCGUUAUCUUAUUAUAACUGCAGAAACAUGUCCUUGUGUAAUUAUAUAAUGGGCUUGGGAUAAAUUAUAGAAUUAGCCUUCUCUACUGUUGACCUUUAAACUUAGUUAACAUAACCUGACCUUUUCAUAAUUAGAUUGACAAUGAUCGUAGCAUGGUUAUUUAUAUACUGUAUUGGGUGUCAUAACUAUUUAAUUUUCAUUUACCCUUCCCAUCAGUAACUUUUUAACACUCGCUUUAUACUUUUUAAACAGAGGUACAAAUUUAUCACAGCUAAAAUUAGGCCUAUUUUAAUAAAAAUGUUACUUUGGACAAAUGCGUUUAAAGGGCAUGGCCACUUUGGUUUGUGUACGUGUAUAUAUUCGCCUAAAGAAAACAAUUGAAAUUUAUUAGAUACGCAUUAUAAUGGGUCUCUUAACAUGGUCUGUAAUUACAUUUAUUGCAGUUUUUUUGCUGCAUCUUAUUUUAUUAAAGUGAAAUAGACUAUAAAUUUAGCACUCACACUUUCUUUCUGGGUAAUGCAAACAGCUUUGAACAAAAAGUGCAUUAUUGCAAUGAAAUGUUUCAUUUACUGUUCAUAAAAGAAAAGAAAAACAUUGUUCAAAUGGAUAUAUGAAUGAAAUAGUAUAUUUCUCUUUCGUUAUAGCAUUUACAUCUUUAGCCAUUCAUGGACAUUGCAACAGUGGCGUGAUAGUGGAGGAGGGAUAAACAGCUUAACACAUGACAUGCUGUGGCCCAGUUGUUUCAAAGUAUAACAGGGUCUUGAGAAAAGAGUGUCUUGUCCAUUGAAGGUUCCACUGCACCAUGCGAAUGAUCGCUGGCAACACAAAGCGGUGUGAUGCAGGCAGGCGGAACACGGGUGCGUACGAGUGCACAGCCCAUGGCGCUGCGCAGCUGUAACAAGGGGAACUUUGACACAAUGCAGUCCGGGUGAACAUUAACCCCUUGUUGAUGGAGACCCUUGUUCAGUGUCAUUAAGAGAACGUUGUCCAACCUACAUGGAUUUAUUGGCAAGCAUUGUCAUGAUCGUCCCUAUGCUGAACACGUGUGUGUGUGUGUCACGUGAAAAAGCGCUAUUUUUACAUCUUAAUUUGCCAAAAUGUGAAGUUAACUGCAUAAACUACUGAGUUAGAUUAUAUAUGCAGGUGAUGGGAUUGGAUGAGCUUUAUUUCUUGUGUAAUUCUACAGAAUAUCUUGGUAAAGGCACUGCUAGUGUAGUUUUAUAGGUAUAAUGUUCAUGCAGUGAUUUUUAGGUUUGCUGUUGUGACACUGAUGACAAAGCCGACGCUAAAAAAAUAUUUUUAUGAGUGUGAUUCUAAAACGUACAGCGUAUAUGUGCCCGAUACAGUAGAUUUGAGGUCAUGUGGGUGUUUAGGUGAAAUUGCUAACUUUUUAUAUAUUUUGAUACAAAAAUAUAUAUCCCUAUAAAAAAUGUCAAAGGCCUUAACUGCUGUAUGUGGUACAGUCAGUUGCAGAUUAAAAUAUUUCUAACUUUGUUAGGACAUGAUUUUAAAAAAGUUUGUCACCAAAAAAACCAACCUAAAGUUUAACAUUUUAACUAUUGUGCUGGCCCACGGGUUUAUAACACGACGUUGUGGUGACAUACACUUAGAAACUUGAAGGGUUAUUUGGAUGUCCAUUGUAUUUCAGGUAAGCCAAUUGUGUAAAUCGUGGAUAUGAAAUGAAUUCAUUUCAAAUCGGACACUGAAAUCUUACAAUUUCAAUACACGAAUUUUCUACAUUCUAACAGGGUUCCACAACUUGGCAGCAGAAAAAAAUAUAGGUGUUGCAUUAAAUUUCGUUUUUUAAUCGAAGAGAUGUUAUAUGACACACCGUUAUUGUUCGCUGGCUUUGUAAAGACCCUUUCACACUAGUCAAGUUGUUUUCUUUACAUGCAAUGUGUCGUGGAGACAUUUUCAGUAUGGAGCAAAUUAGACUUGUGUGUGGCAUUAAAUACUGUUUUAUCCUUGGGAAAUUGUGAUUUCAGACCGCCUUUGAUGAACUGUGUCCUGGCUUUAUGCCGUUGGUGGUGGCUGGCCAUGUAUUGAUAUCUGCAUUGCACGGAUUUUCGGAAUUCCAUCGUGCACCGUUUUAGCUUGUCCCAAGUUGCACACGUUACAGGCCACAAAUCUUUCUUUGCUCCUGAUAAGAGAACUUGCCAAGUGUGUGAAGGCCUUAUACAGUGUUUUUUUACUCUUACCUCACCUGUAAUCAGUUAAUGAUACUAAUACGAUGGAUUUUAUGUAAUACAAGAAUCGAUGUUUAUAAAAUGAAACGUACUGCUGUUUUAAAAUUGCUAAAUUGAGACAAAUCCUAGUACCCAUGAGUUAAAAUCGUUUUUCAGCAUUCUUGUUAAGUAUAUCAUACAAACCACUUUGCGUACUUUUAUGGGUGCAUGUGCUCUUACAAGCUUCUGUAUUUAAUGGCAAAGUAUUUAGAGCAGUCCAGACAUUCAAAGAAUAAACAACUUUGAAAUCCAG